UUUUAGCUGCUGCAGCCGCUGCUGCCACUGGGCAGAUACCGCAGUGAGGAACUGACCACUCGGUGCUCUCUGGAGCCUGGGUUCUGGCUACAAAUGAGAAGUUAAAGGCGGGUAAACUGGGAGGAUUGCAAAGCCUAAAGAGACAGCAAGGAGCAAAAGGAGAGCAAGCCUGAGUGUGAACCAAAAUAUCAGGCCAAGGGGAGCUGGAGGAAAUGUCAUCAUUGGUGAAGGAGGACUUGGAGAAGAAACUGUUUAAGCCACUCUCACAGAAUCUGUACGAGUUUAUUGAAAUUGAGUUCUCGGUGCAGGACAGGUACUACCUCUGUGUGUCAGUGACCAAAAAUGAAGAAGUGAAAAUAAUCAUGGUAAAACACUACAGAAUAGGUUUAGAUGAAAAAUAUGAAGUAACAAAAAAGUGGUCUUUGAAUGAUCUGCAGAUGAUUGAUGGAAAAGAAGCAGACACUGACAAUCCAUUUUUUGAUCUGCACUUCAAGAAAGUGUACAGUUUGGAAGCAUAUAGUUGUGCUUCUAAAUAUUCCUUUGCUCGAACUGUAAAUAAGCUGAAUCAUGCAUACCUCAAGAAGGACUUGCAGAUUGUGAACUUUGAUUCUACUUACAUUAAUGAUGAUUCCAUUUGGUCCUCCAACAACAAGGAUUGCUUGGUUCUCAUGAGAAUAUGCUUUUAUGCUUUUAAUUUGGUGUGCUUAUCUCUGUGCCCCCUGCCACUUUGAAGAUGUAUUCCAUAUUCCUUCAUCAGUGUCUUACAAAAAUGGUUCCUCAAGUAAAUGCUGAUCGUCAACAUUUUAUUUUUCCCUUCAUCAGUGGCUAUUAUUCAUAUGAAAAUAAAGGGAUGCUUUGUGGAUUUCA